AUGCGGCUUCCUACACCACGCCCCCUGUCACACCACGCCCCGCCCCCUGUCACACCACGCCCCGCCCCUGUCACACCACGCCCCGCCCCCUGUCACACCACGCCCUGCAGCUUCCCACACCACGCCCCGCCCCCUGUCACACCACGCCCCCUGUCACACCACGCCCCCUGUCACACCACGCCCCGCCCCCUGUCACACCACGCCCCGCCCCCUGUCACACCACACCCCGCCCCCUGUCACACCACGCCCCCUGUCACACCACGCCCCCUGUCACACCACGCCCCGCCCCCUGUCACACCACGCCCCCUGUCACACCACGCCCCGCCCCCUGUCACACCACGCCCCGCCCCCUGUCACACCACGCCCCCUGCCACACCACGCCCCGCCCCCUACCACACCACACCCUGCAGCUUCCUACACCACGCCCCCUGUCACACCACACCCCCUGUCACACCACGCCCCCUGUUACACCACGCCCCGCCCCCUGUCACACCACGCCCCGCCCCCUGUCACACCACGCCCCGCCCCCUGUCACACCACGCCCCGCCCCCUGUCACACCACGCCCCCUGUCACGCCCCGCCCCCUGUCACACCACACCCUGCAGCUUCCUACACCACGUCCCCUGUCACCACGCCCCGCCCCCUGUCACACCACGCCCUGCAGCUUCCCACACCACGCCCCGCCCCCUGUCACACCACGCCCCCUGUCACACCACGCCCCCUGUCACACCACGCCCCGCCCCCUGUCACACCACGCCCCGCCCCCUGUCACACCAUGCCCCGCCCCCUGUCACACCACGCCCCGCCCCCUGUCACACCACGCCCCCUGUCACACCACACCCUGCAGCUUCCUACACCACGUCCCCUGUCACCACGCCCCGCCCCCUGUCACACCACGCCCUGCAGCUUCCCACACCACGCCCCGCCCCCUGUCACACCACGCCCCCUGUCACACCACGCCCCCUGUCACACCACGCCCCGCCCCCUGUCACACCACGCCCCGCCCCCUGUCACACCACUCCCUGCCCCCUGUCACACCACGCCCCCUGUCACACCACGCCCCCUGUCACACCACGCCCCGCCCCCUGUCACACCACGCCCCGCCCCCUGUCACACCACUCCCUGCCCCCUGUCACACCACGCCCCGCCCCCUGUCACACCACGCCCCCUGUCACACCACGCCCCGCCCCCGUCACACCACACCCUGCAGCUUCCUACACCACGCCCCCUGCCACGCCCUGCCCCCUGUCACAUCACACCCUACAGCUUCCUACACCACGCCCCCUGCCACGCCCUGCCCCCUGUCACACCACGCCAUGCAGCUUCCUACACCACGCCCCCUGCCACACCACGCCCCCUGCCACACCACGCCCCGCCCCCUGUCACACCACGCCAUGCAGCUUCCUACACCACGCCCCCUGCCACACCACGCCCCGCCCCCUGUCACACCACGCCCUGCCCCCUGCCACACCACGCCCUCUGUCACACCACUCCCUGCCCCCUGUCACACCACGCCAUGCAGCUUCCUACACCACGCCCCCUGCCACACCACGCCCCCCCCCUGUCACAUCACGCCCCACCCCCUGUCACACCACGCCCUGCUCAUUGUCACUCAAGGAGAACGCAUUUGCCCAUUGA